GGAGGCCUCUCUUUCACCCUUUCAUUUUCUUUCAUGUCUGUAGAUACUGUCAUAGAUAAUCUUGUUGCGCGUUGUCCAACAGCGAUCAAUACAGUCAGUCCGGAAUAUAAAGCAAAUUAUUUCGAAUGGCAAGAAUUACUAGAGCAGCUUGAGGAGCGUCUCAUUGAAGCCACGAACGAGGGAAAAGAAAGUAGUUUGCAACUUCAUCGCAGUCGUGGGCAGAUGACAGCUCGUGAACGAGUGGAUCUGCUAUUGGAUGAAGACUCGCCGUUCCUGGAAUUGUGCGCUUUUGCUGGAUAUGAACAGGAGGGCAUGACGCUUGGCGGAUCGUUUGUUGCGGGAAUAGGUCUUGUCAGUGGUGUUCUUUGCAUGGUGCUAGCCAAUGUACCUACCUUGAAUGCAGGUGCUUUAAAUCAAGUCAGUACAAUGAAGACUUUACGUAUCCACGAAAUCGUCAUGCAAAAUAGACUUCCAAUAGUAACGUUGACACAUUCGGCUGGUGCGAAUUUGGAGCAGCAAUUUAAGGUUUUUCAACUCACUGGCGGAACCUUUCGAAAUCAAGCAUUGCAUAGUAAAGCUCGUAUACCUUCAUGCUGUAUUGUCUUUGGUAGUUCUACAGCCGGAGGCGCAUAUACUCCAGGCAUGUCCGAUUACACAAUAUUUGUAAAGAAACAAGCACAAGUGUUCCUUGGUGGUCCUCCUUUGGUCAAGAUGGCUACGGGUGAAGUAACGGAUGCCGAGUCGCUAGGUGGUGCGGAUAUGCAUUCCCGUGUUUCUGGCGUGAGCGACCAGUUAGCUCUUGACGAGGGCAGUUUGCCAAAACGUCAUUUGCUGGGCCAAUACGAGGAGCCUUAUUAUAACAUGGACGAAAUCCUCGGUAUCGCUUCGGCAAACAUUCGCGUUCCGUUUGAUGCUAUGGAAGUGAUUAUCCGGUUGGUGGAUGGAUCGCGGCUUACUGCAUUCAAGCCUAAUUAUGGCGUCAAUUUGGUCACUGGAUUCGGUUUCAUCCAAGGCAUUCCUGUUGGUAUUAUUGCCAAUAACAAUGUAAUUUUCACGCAAGAAGCGAACAAGGCGACCCAGUUUAUUCAACUUUGCAAUACCAGAAAUACUCCAUUGAUAUACUUGCAAAAUAUUACCGGUUUCAUGGUUGGGAAACAUUAUGAAGAGGAAGGUAUCAUUAAAGCUGGAUCGCGCUUCAUCAACGCUGUCAGUAACUCGGAGGUACCCGCUAUCACCAUUGUGAUGGGUGCCAGUUAUGGUGCUGGUAACUAUGCAAUGUGCGGUCGUGCAUAUCAACCAAGAUUUCUAUUUUCAUGGCCUAACUCCAAGUGUUCGGUCAUGGGCGCAGAGCAACUUGCAGGUGUUUUAGAUAUUGUCAUGCGUCAAGGUGUUAAGAGGGCUGGUAUUGACGUGGAUGAAGAAUUAGCAGCACAGCGCAAAGAGCUUUUCCAGGGCUCUGUGGAAGCCGAAUCGGAUGUAUACUAUACAUCCUCGCGACUAUUAGAUGAUGGUAUCAUAGAUCCAAGAGAAACGCGUCAAGUCAUUGGCUUCUGUUUAGCUUCCAUAUAUAGCAACACAGUGAAAGGUGGAAACAUAUAUGGUGUAAGCAGAAUGUAAAUUCUGUACAAUGAUGACCAUUUGUACUCAAAUCAAAAUCCUUUCCCCCAAACAUUUAAUCCUUCCUCAUCAUCUGGUAUAUCAAGUUGCGAACC